CUCCAAUUGCAAGCACACUCACGAUGCCGGCAUCGUCAUCAACGGUCUUCCACCAAAAUUUCGACGCCUCAGCCUACAUCAGCGCUCGGCCGCGCUACCAACCUGUGGUAUUUGAUCUGCUUCGGGCCUGGCAUGAGAAUGAGGGCAGCAACAAGCGAUUCGAUGAUUGUUUGGACGUCGGAUGUGGGCCUGGCAUCCUGAGUUAUCCGCUCGGCACCAUCUUCAAACGCGUCGUAGGGCUUGACCCUUCGCCUACGAUGCUAGCACAGGCACGCUCCAACUCAGUCCCUGAGGCUCUCGAUCUCACCCUUCCCGAGGGACAUAGCGUCUCCUUCGUGGAGGGCUCGAUAGGUCCCGAGGAGAAGGGUAAGCUCAACGACUUGGAAGAUGCGUCCUUCGAUUUCAUCCUGGCAGGAACGGCCAUCCACUGGGUCGAUUGGAAGAGUGAUCCCAAAGGCGAGAAGAUUUGGCAGGAGUUCAGUCGCCUGCUCAGACCUGGUGGAUCAAUCUUUUUCAUCGGGUACUGUCCCGAAGUAAUCCAGCACUACCCGCUCAUAGACGCCGGGGUGCGCCGACUGAUCUGGGAUGAGGACGAGGGGCUGGGCAAAUACUUUGACUUUACCUCGCCGCUCGCGCCGACUUAUUUGUCUACUGGACUUUACAUUGGUUUGCCCUGCCCGGCCGAGUCGUACGGCGGUUGGGAGGAGCGGGACUCACACCUCUACCUAUUUGACGCGGAGGAGCGACUCAAGAGAAUGGAAGGGCAAGGUACCCUGCAAGAGACACUUGGGGGGCACAUGGUCGUUGUGCCAUCCAAGGAGAAGUUGAAGGAGAAGGCGGGCGUGCCGCAGUGGAUCGCGAAGCCUCUCGCUGCUGACCAUGCGAACGACGACGAUGACAGAUUCGCGCGCCUGGCCUCGUUCGCCAAGCCGGGAGAGAGGAGCACCACGACUCUGCGUGGACUGGCAAAGAUGUAUCACUCUGCCAGCGCUUGGCCCAAGUACUUGGCGGACCAUCCCGAGGAGAAGGAGAUGCAGAAGCAGGGCAAGGAUCUGCUUUGCCGUAUCCUGGAGAAGGCUAGGCAGGAGGAUGCAAAGGAAAGGAAUGCCGAACCAGUUGGAUGGGAUGAGCCCCUCGAUGUGAUUCACCCUACCGCGUUGUUCGUUGCUCGAAAGAAGCUAGAGUGAGGCGCGGGCAGGUGGUAGACUUUUUGUGGCAUGAUAGACCCUCCAUUGCUCUUCAUUCCCAAUCAUACAUCCCUUUACCCUCAC